AUGGCCGGCUUUUUCUCUAGCGCGGCCGGCAGAGUUGCAGACUUGUUUUCUUCGGAAACCGGAAAUCUCCAAACUCAAUUAAAUCGGGAAACCCAAAAUGAACACAGCAAAAUUGUGGCAGAGAAAAAUAAACGGCUGAGCGAGUUCAAAAAAAGCCAACUGGAAAAACAACAACAAAAAAUAGAGGAUCUACAAAUACAAAGAAAGCGAGAAAUGGAUUUAGUGCAAGCGAAAGCUAGACGAGGCAUUAUAGAAAUCACAGAGAAGAUUGAAUCGGAUGAAGCUAAACUGAAAGAAGAUAAUAAAAUUGAGAUGAACAAAAUUGAUGCAAAUAACUUAGAAAAACUGGGAAAAUUGGAAGCAGUAAUGACGCAAAAGAUUAAAGAGAUUGAUGAUAAUUAUGGACGUUUGAAAAAAGACCUGAAAACGCGAGAGGAAGAACUACUUAAUGUCCGUCAAGAGCAAAGAAACCAACAAAUAGCCGAUAUUAAAGAAAUCGAAGCGUUGUAUGAGAAGUUAUCACAAUCUCGAGUUGACGUCAGAGACAAGCAAUUUUUGGAAAUUUUGAGUGCUACUAAAGAAAACUAUGAGGACGAGUACAAAAUGGAAAAAUGUAUCAAUGAUGAAGACAACAAAAAUUUUCAGUUGAAAGUCCAACAAAACAAUCAUCUAGGCGCUCGGAGAAUUGCUCAGAUGGAGAUGUUGCUGAUGGAGCAAGUGAAAAAAUUAGAAAGUGACCAAAAAGAUAGAUUGAAGAUGGAAAUCAUUAGAUUAUAUUCUCUGAAACAUACAAUGCAAGAAGCGAUCAAUUCAAUUAUUAUGACUGGUUUCCCAACUAAGAAAAAUGAAAAAAUAAAAGCACAGAAGCAUUUGGAGAGCGUUCUGGCUCAGAUUUAUGGGUUAUCCGCUUACAUGAUAGUUCUCGAGAGAAAAGUGGCAGAGAUAGGAGAUCUUGAUGAGAUGAAGAGGCAGAUUGUGACUGUAAAACAAGGAAUUACUAAAAGUGGAAUGGCUAUAGCAACACUUUUGAAAAAUUUGAAGAAAAGGGAAGAAGAACACUGGAGAACCUCUGGACAACUUUUCAUCCAAGAAAUGACAAUAGUUUUUGAGAGCAUAAAUACAAUUACGAUGAUUGAUUCAGGAAAACGUGAUAUGAACAAAGCAUUACAACUCAAUAUUCAGAAAGUAGAGAUCCCUAGACAAGAAGCGAUUGCUCAGAGAUAA